GAGCUGGGCGGGGCGGGGCCGGGCUCCGCGGCUGCGCAGACGGGCCCCACGCGCGGGCGGGUGGGCGGAGCGGCCCCCCUAGCGGGGGCUGUGGAGCGCGGGGAGGGGGCCGAGCGGGUGGCACAGCCGGCGCGCGCCCGGCUGGGGGCGGAGGGCGGAGGCCCGCGGGUCGGAACAGCCGCGGCGAGCGGCGGCGGCGGCGGCGGGAACCGAGGCGGCGACGAGCCCGGGGGUCGCGACUGGCGGCGGCACCGGCGGCGGCACCGGCGGCGGCGGGCCCGGAGGCGGGCGGAGAGCCGGGGCGCGAUGGAGCGGAAGAGGUGGGAGUGCCCGGCGCUCCCGCAGGGCUGGGAAAGGGAAGAAGUGCCCAGGAGGUCGGGGCUGUCGGCCGGCCACAGGGAUGUCUUUUACUAUAGCCCCAGCGGGAAGAAGUUCCGCAGCAAGCCACAGCUGGCCCGUUACCUGGGCGGCUCCAUGGACCUCAGCACCUUCGAUUUCCGCACGGGGAAAAUGCUGAUGAACAAGAUGAAUAAGAGCCGCCAGCGCGUGCGCUAUGACUCCUCCAACCAGGUCAAGGGCAAGCCCGACCUGAACACCGCACUGCCUGUACGGCAGACCGCGUCCAUCUUCAAGCAGCCGGUGACCAAGAUCACCAACCACCCCAGCAACAAGGUCAAGAGCGACCCGCAGAAGGCAGUGGACCAGCCGAGGCAGCUGUUCUGGGAGAAGAAGCUGAGCGGCUUGAGUGCCUUCGACAUCGCUGAGGAGCUUGUCAGGACCAUGGACCUGCCCAAGGGCCUGCAGGGGGUGGGCCCCGGCUGCACAGAUGAGACGCUGCUGUCCGCCAUCGCCAGUGCACUGCACACCAGCACGCUGCCCAUCACGGGCCAGCUCUCUGCAGCCGUGGAGAAGAACCCUGGUGUGUGGCUAAACACCGCGCAGCCACUGUGCAAAGCCUUCAUGGUGACUGACGACGACAUCAGGAAGCAGGAGGAGCUGGUGCAGCAGGUGCGCAAGCGCCUGGAGGAGGCGCUGAUGGCCGACAUGCUAGCCCACGUGGAGGAGCUGGCCCGGGAUGGGGAGGCGCCACUGGACAAGGCCUGUGCUGAGGACGAUGAGGACGAGGAUGAGGAGGAUGACGAGCCUGAGCCUGAGCGUGUCUAGCAUAGAUGCUCUGCCACGUCUGGGUCGCGGACUGCCUCGGAUGGCCUUGCAGACUUCCCUCAGCCUUGCCUGGACCAGGUGGGGGCCAGGCCAGCAGGAGGCAGGCCUCCUCCAGCUCCCGGGCCUCAGUGCAGGGAGCCCCUCGUGGGCCUCAGACUCACUUGCCCUGCACUCCUGGCAAGAAGCCCCACAUUGAAAACUGAAGGUUGGGGGCGCAGCUGGGAGGCAGCCUUUACCAUGGUCACCUUCCUGCCUCCUGACCUAGGAAGACGCCCUGCUACAAGCUUUGUUGGGCCACUGGAGGAAGGUUCUGGAAACACGCCUGGCCGUUCCUGUCUUUCAGCGUCACAGGCCAGGGUCUGGACUGCUACCAGGGUCUCAAGGUCACCAGCCUCUCCGAGCUAGGGCCAGCAGCCAGCCAGAAACUUGCUUUCCUUCAAUAAACCGAUGGUAGGAACUUCUCAG